CGCGUCUAGGGGCUAGGGUUGACCUGGGCGCACGGUUGUUGUGUGCAAUCUCUAUAGUUUUAUUUUCUAGUUUACCUAAGGUACAAAGAUCGUUUGCUGAUGACACCUGCGGUAGUGAUAGCAUUAUCGAAGCAGUCUAUGGGGUGGGCGUGUAUAAUUGCUGGGAUAACAGAUUAAAAUAAUAAAAAAACUACUGUGCUGGUAAUUCGUUGAUCAUGAUGUCUGCUGUUGAGAAUGUAGUCGGGCUCUUCAUGUGUCAUUGUGAGUAGUAGGUGUGAGGAGACGAUGUACCAUCCAGCUGUGCAGACGAUUUAAUUUGGAAAUCAGACAAGUGAUUUCGGUAAGAAAACUUAUGAACAUUUUUCAGUUGUUUUGUUGUAAUUUUGAAGGAACCUUUUGCAUUUCUUGUGUAUUGACUUGAAUCAAGAUGGCAUUGGAGUUCGCCCCUCUCAACAUCCCCUUCCAUCGUCGUCUGGAGACUCUAGCCGUCAUCCAGUGGUGGUUCACCUUCCUCUUCCUUGGUUUGACGUCGUGUAUUAUCUUCGCGUAUCUGUUCCUCUUUACGUCCUACUACUGGGUCACCCUGUUGGCCAUCUUGUGGGUAAUCUACGAUCAUAAGACCCCGAGCCGUGGCGGCCGACGCAGCGGCUGGCUACGCAGAUGGAAAAUCUGGGUCCACAUGAGGAACUUCUUCCCGAUUCAGCUCGUCAAAACCGCCGACUUGGAUCCUAAGAAGAAUUACCUGCUUGGGUUUCACCCCCACGGCAUUAUGGGUGUCGGGGCAUUCGUGAAUUUCAGCACCGAGGCGACUGGUUUCAGCGAGAGAUACACGGGAAUUACGCCGUAUCUUCUGACGCUGAGCGGUUGGUUCAAUUUCCCAGUGACGAGGGACUACAUUAUGAUGUCAGGCCUUUGUGAUGUCAGCAGGGACAGUAUAGAUUAUCUGCUCGGUCAGUCAGGACCUGGUAACGCCGUUAUCAUCGUUGUGGGCGGAGCUACAGAAUCUUUGGAGGCGCACCCGCAUAAUUACGCUAUCUACUUGACAAAAAGGAAAGGCUUUAUCAAAAAGGCUAUCCAACAUGGCGCUUGUCUGGUUCCCGUUUACUCCUUUGGAGAGACGGACAUCUUUGAGCAAGUCGCCAAUCCAGAGGGAUCCUUUCUCAGGAACUUGCAGACUCGCUUGACCAAGAUGAUUGGCUUUGCGCCUCCCAUGUUCCACGGGCGAGGCAUCUUCAAUUAUAGCGUUGGGUUCCUGCCUUAUCGCAGACCCAUAUACACUGUCGUUGGAAAGCCAAUUCCGGUCGAGAAGUCACCGACUCCAUCACAAGAAGAGAUUGACAAAGUUCACCAAAUGUACAUUGACUCUCUGAAGGAACUGUUUGAAGAAAACAAAACCAAGUACGGCGUUGAGCCUCACGAAAAGUUGGUGAUCAUUUGAAGAAAUUGAAAGAUUUUAAGGACUCCCAGAGUAAGAAAAGUCAUGAUGUAAUUAAACAAAAUUAUUAAUGUUAACGUUCCAAACGAGAUGUGAUUUCCUGUUCAGAAUGGGUAAAGAGAUGAAUUAUUUUUUAAAUUGAGAUUUAAAAUCAAGUUUCAUCUAUACAUUGUCAUAGUUUUUUAAACAAAAAGUAGCAGGACGAACUUAAACUUAGAGAUUUAGAUGUGAUUUUGGAAGCCCGUGGAUGAAAAAUUAUAUGGAAAUCACAGUGUGGAAAUUUUAAUAUUUGUUGUAUCAGAGAGAGUAUUUUCUAAUAUGUGACAUUAUAUUAAUAUAUUGCUAGUACGUGUGCUGUAAUGAUAUCAUGGUUAAUGAAUAACGCAAUUGAUGUAAAUGUUGUUUCCUGUGCACCAUUGUGUAUUUAAUGAUAUGCAUAAUUAUCAUUGCAAAUUGUAUAAAAUCUUGUCCAUAUGUAUGUACAUUUUUUAAUUUGCCCAGAAAUGCAAACAAGGUGAUAUUUUUAUACAAACAUUAUUUACCAAAUAUCAUAUCAAAAAUAAUUUUUAAAAUGAUCUUCUGUUACCAAAGAUAGUGAAUAUUUUUCCUGAAAUUAAAUUUUACGUUCGAGGCUUUUACUGCAGACGAAUAAUCUUGCUUGCCAUAGUACUAGCUCCCGAUAGCUCCUAACCAAAGAUCAAUAACUUUUUCAAGUGUGCAAUCAAAUUCCAGUGUUUCAUACAACUGCUAGAUAAAAGUUUGAAUUCUGAUAUAAUUUAGAUUAGUAUUGCAUUAGUAUUACAGAGUGGAAUUAACGGUCUACUAUUCCAGACAACUGAUAUUUUUCUUUCUUUGUGUAAACCUAAGAUGAAAACAACACAAAUAUGCAAAAUCUAGAGACUUCUAAAUCACUCUAGUUUAUAAUGAGAAUAAUGAUGAGUUCGUAGAUGAAAAUUGAAUUUUGAGUUCAGGUAUAAUUUACUUUAUAAUGAUAGGUUCCUAACGUAUACGUAAAAGAGCAAGAUUUUGUUACCAAGUUUUUCUUACUUUUUUACACUUACGAUUAGAUGAACACAACACUUAAAAAAUAUCUGGUAAACUUCUAAGUUUCAUAGUUGGCAGAUCUCUUAGAUAUUUUUUUACCGAUAACCAUAUUCGCUUUUUGUGCUUUUGUACGAAUCAAUGCUAUACUGCAUAGCAUCGGGAUAACAUUGCUUUCGAGAAAACAAUAAUAAAUAAAAAGAAGGGAGAAUCGUUGUGAUGUCACGGUGACGUCAUUCGCAUUAAAAAACAAAAACGCCCUUAGCAGAGUUUGUUUGUCCUUACACGAUUGUUCAUUGAAUAAAUAGCUUACAUGUAUUACGUUGAAGUCAAAACUUCACGAACAGUUUAAAUAAUUUUUCGUAUUCAAAACCUACAUCCAUGAAUAAAUUGUUGCCCUAUAUUCUUAAGUUUUU